AUGUCAAAGGUCCCGCUGCUGCUGCGCUCGUCGCCCGCCCAGGGCACCGGCUCCUACGGCGCUUUGCCCGUCCAGAUGCUGAGCACGAGCAACGAAAGCUCUGCCGACGAGGGCGUGCACGACCUCGACCACGCCAUCCGCACCGGCAAGCGCAAGGCCGCCAGCAACCUGCGCGAGGCUGACACGAUAUCCGAGGAGCCCGAGUCGAGCAAGUCGACGCGCAGCCGUUUUGCUUCAACCGGCCGGCUGCUGAACCCCAAGGGCAGCAGGCGGAGCCGCAGGAAGAGUUUGCCAAAUUUCAACCUACCGGACGAGCACACUUCCGCCGUCGAGGCUUGGGUGGGCAAUCUGGACGGAGAAAUGGAGUCCGACGAGGACACGCACUCGGAGUCAGGCCGCUCCGAUAACUCUGAGGCCAUCGAUAUUGACGGUUCCGAGGGCAAUUCGGAGGCCGAGGAAGAGGUUCAGAGCAAGCCGGCUGAGGAAAGCCCCUCGGACGACUCGCCCUACCCUCAGGUGCGCGCUGCAGUGCGGCCCUCAGACGACACCUCCCUCUCGAUCAAUACCCCUCGAAUGUGGACGCUAUCCAUGCUUUUCUCCAUCCUCGGCUCCUCAACCAAUUUGUUCUUUUCCCUCAGAUACCCUAGCGUUAGCAUUACACCUGUCAUUGCGCUUCUGCUGGUCCACCCCCUUGGUCUUUUAUGGGAUCAGCUUUUGAAACGCCCUGACGACCCUGCCGAAGUCUUCACCAACGGGUCAAUCCACCACAGGGCCGCAGACUCGCAGGACUAUGGCUCAUCAAACGGCGCAAGCAGAGAUGGCGAUCGCAGCGCUUUGCAUGGCAAACGUGGACGGAGCUGGGCACGCAGCAUUCGGUUAUGGCUUGCGCAGGGGAGGUGGAAUGAAAAAGAGCACUGCUGUGUGUAUAUCAGCAGUAACGUCUCGUUCGGAUUUGCUUUUGCUACCGAUGUCAUCGUCGAGCAAUCCAUGUUCUACCACCAGAAACUCACCAUCACCUAUCAAAUCCUCCUCACCAUCUCAACUCAGGUUCUGGGAUAUGCUCUUGCAGGUCUCACCCGACGCUUCCUUGUCAGACCUAGUGGAAUGAUCUGGCCCGGCACCUUGAUUUCGACAUCAAUGUUUUCCACGUUGCAUAAGCAAGACAAUGCACCAGCCAACGGGUGGCAUAUUUCACGUAUGAGGUUUUUCCUCUAUGUCUUCCUGGGAUCGGCAGCAUUCUAUUUCCUUCCUGGUCUGCUCUUCCCGGCUCUGAGUUAUUUCAGCGUCAUCACAUGGUUUGCGCCCAAGAACGUCGUUGUUGCAAAUCUGUUUGGUGUUGCCUCUGGUCUCGGACUAUUUCCCAUGACAUUUGAUUGGUCGCAGAUUGCGUAUAUUGGCUCUCCACUGGUCGUGCCUUUUUGGGCUGCUCUCAACAUUGUUGGAGGGCUAGUGGUUGUCAUGUGGAUCAUGGCCCCCAUAAUGUACUACCUGAACGUCAUGUAUUCCUCGUACAUGCCAAUUCUAUCAGCCGCCGUCUUCGACAACACUGGUAAACCGUACGAUGUCAGCAAAAUUCUCACCGACAACUUCCUAUUCGAUGAAAAGGCCUACGAGAGCUACAGCCGUGUAUUCUUGCCAAUCACGUAUGUGCUGAGCUAUGCCCUUCAAUUUGCAGCUCUUACUGCGCUGCUUUCGCAUACGGCAUGCUGGCACGGAAAGGACAUUCUGCGGCAAUGGAAAGCAUCCUGGAAAGAGAUCAAGGGACAGAGCGAACAACCCGGGUAUCAGCAAAUUCCCCAGGAAGACCGUUCUCUGCGCCACAAGAAGUCAACCCGUAGCAUGACAGCUUCGAUGCCCGAUCUGGACAACAUGAUGGGCGUGGAGGAUGUCCACAACCGGCUGAUGAGGAGAUACAAAGACGCGCCAAUGUCGUGGUAUCUCUUCACAGGAGUCGCCAUGACUGCAAUUGGCAUGUUUGUGGUGGAAUAUUACCCCAUUCACCUGCCUUGGUACGGUCUUUUGCUCGCUCUGGGAAUUUGCACCCUCCUCUUCAUUCCUAUCGGCAUCGUGAUGGCGAUCACCAACCAGCAAAGUAGCCUUUACCUCAUUUGUCAGCUCAUCUGCGGUGUAGUGUUUCCUGGACGACCGGUUGCGAACAUGGUGUUUGUGACAUAUGGAUAUAUCACAUCCACUCAAGGCUUGAAAUUCUCGUCGGACCUUAAACUUGGCCACUACAUGAAAAUCCCACCGAGACUGCUUUUCACGCUCCAGCUCGCGGCCACGAUUGUUUCCAGCCUUACUCAGAUUGGCGUCUUGAACUGGAUGCUGGCAUUUAUCCCUGGUAUCUGCACGCCGGAGGCCAUCAACGGCUUCAAUUGCCCAAUCGCCCGGGUUCAUUUCAACGGAAGCAUUUUGUGGGGUGUAGUUGGUCCGGCGCGGUUUUUCGGGCCUGGAGCACUGUACAGACCGCUUGUUUGGGCUUUCUUGCUCGGCGCCGUUUCCCCUGUCGGGGUGUGGCUCCUUGGCCGAAAGCAAAAGCACAGCGUUUGGCGAAAGGUCAAUCUUCCGGUGCUUUUUGGCAGUCUUAGCUGGAUUCCGCCAGCAACCGGCCUCAACUUCUCGGUGUGGGCUGUGGUCUGCUGGCUUUUCAACGACUUCAUCCGAACUCGCCAUAGCGCGUGGUGGAAGAAAUACACCAUGACGCUUUCCGCAGCGCUUGACUCCGGCGUCGCAGUUGGCGUUGUCAUCGUUUUCUUCGGAGUGAUUUACCCCGGCUUCAACAAGGGAUUCAGCUGGUGGGGAACCGAAAUCUUCAAGCAGGUGCGUUUCGUCUCAAUCCUGGGCUGUCAGACGGCGAACUAA